UAAACAUGGACACACUAAGAUUAAGUUCUCCUCAAGUUGAUUUCGAAUAUAAUAAAUUAGACAAUAUGCAUUCCUCUAUCACUUUAUAUAAUGAUACUUAACAUCCAAUUGCUUUUAAGGUAAUUUUAUUCAAUACUAAUCUUUAGUUUAAGGCUACUAAUCUCAACAUUUUCUUGGUCAGGCCACCUUUAGGAAUAGUUUUACCUAGAUAGAGUUAAUUAGUCAAUAUAACACUUCAUAGCAAAGUUCUUGAAAAUAAUUCAAUUAAAGAUUUCAAUGAAAAACUAUAAUUGAUUACAACAAUCAUUCCUCAAGGUGUUCAAGAUGCUGGACCUAUUUUUUUAGAUAAAAUGAGGAGAUUUGAAAAAUAAAGAAUUAAUAUUGCUAUUCUUACCAAAGAUAGAAAAAUCGUUGCAUAAAGUCAAGGAAAUUCAAGUCAAAUGUUCUAAUCUGUUAAUAAAUAAUUUGGAUAAGUAGAACCCACACGUGUUAUUGCUAUACCUACUGCUGAUAAAGCUAAAGUUGAAGCUGAAUACUUUUGCAAUAAAUUUGAAGUAUUACAAUAAGAAGUCACAAAAAAAGAAUAAGAAUUAGUAAUUAUUCUUUUUUAAUUAUGAUAGCAAGAUGUUUAAAAAUUUAACAAUAGUUUGAUUGAAAGAGCCAAUAUUAAACCAGCUUCUAGAAAAUUGGAUAAAUUCAUUUUCUUAAUAUCUUUUCUUUUAUCUUUUUAUUUAAGUUUACAUUACCAAAAUCAGAUUAUUUAAGCAAUCAAAUUAUGA